AUGGCUGCUGUUACUAGUUUUACAUAUUCAGCUUCUCCCUUUCUUGUAAGGUGCUGUUCUAUGAAAGAAAAUCACCAUGAACAAUUGAAUGGUAACAGCAGCAUAAGAAUGAAUGGGAGUUUUAGAUCUCCGAUAAAAGUUGAAUCACUUAGUCAAACAGCUGAAGCUGCACCAACAACUCUUGUUGAAAACGGUCAACGACAAAACAUUCCGACAAAGAAGCAGUUGGUUGAUUCACAUCGUCAAGGUCUUAUUGUUGGUGUUGGUUAUCGACAAACCGUCGUCAUUAGGUCAUAUGAAGUCGGUCCUGAUAAAACCGCAACACUUGAAAGCAUCCUCAAUCUUCUUCAGGAAACUGCAUUGAACCAUGUAUGGAUGUCUGGGCUACUUAGCGAUGGGUUUGGAGCAACACAUGGAAUGAUGAAGAAUGAUCUCAUUUGGGUUGUUUCAAGAAUGCAAGUUCUCAUUGAUUAUUAUCCCAUUUGGGGAGAGGUACUUGAAAUUGAGACAUGGGUUGGAGCAUCGGGCAAGAACGGAAUGCGACGCGACUGGCUCAUAAGAAGUCAAGCCACGGGCCAAAUUUUCGCUCGCGCAACAAGCACAUGGGUGAUGAUGAAUCGUAAAACAAGACGCCUCUCGAAAAUGCCAGAAGAGGUGAGGGGCGAACUCGCACCAUGGUUUAUAUCAAACCAAGCAAUAAAAGAAGACACUCCCGAAAAAAUCGUCAAAUUGGACAAAGAGGCAAAGUACACGAACACCAAUUUAAAGCCUAAGAGAAGUGACUUAGACAUGAACCAACAUGUUAAUAAUGUGAAGUAUCUAAGAUGGAUGCUAGAGACCAUGCCAGAUCAAAUUCUAGAGAGUCACCAAUUAUCUGGAAUCAUAUUAGAAUAUAGAAGGGAAUGUGGAAGUUCAGAUAUAGUUGAAUCACUAUGUGAGCCUGAAGAAGAUGAAAUAGUACUCAAUGGCAUGGUUGAACCAGAUUAUUGCACAAAUUUGAUUAAUGGAUUAUCAUUGGCAUCAUCAGAUAUUAUAAAUGGUGGUGGAGUUUUGAGCUACCUUGAGCAUAGGCCAAUAAAGUAUACUCAUCUUUUACAAGCUAAGGGAGAAAAACAAAAUGAAGAAAUUGUUAGAGGAAAAACUACAUGGAAGAGAAAAUUCACUACAUGUCCAUUUUCUACAUAG